AUGAAAGCAAUAAAUGUUGCGCUGCUGUUUUAUACAGCAUUUGCCAUAGAGGCUGCUACAGCGGCUACGAGACUAGAACUUCCGCAGCAUCGCCACCAGCGACGCCUGUUUCAGUCCAAUAGUACCUUGGAAAAUGUCCAAGGUAGCCUCUUGUCGACAGGUAAUACCGCGGUCGAGGAUACACUCUGGAAACCGACAGAAUUUGCUACCAAAUACAACAAACUUUCUAUAUCCAAGACAGAUUCUGCACCAACGGCGGAAUUCAAUGCCACAGAAGGUUCAUUUUUAUAUCAAGCGUCCCCAUCAACAUCCUCUUCACCAUCUACCACGCCCGUACCAAGUGCUGAAGUCGAUGAUCUCAAGAGACCUACUUCACUAUCAGCGACCGAUAGCAUACACGAGACGGGAGAACACAGUCAAAUAUCGACGCCAAUUCCGAAUUAUAUUAUAGAGUCGUCUAGUAGUACUCUCUCCACCACAUCUUGGAGAAAUGUUGAUGCUUCGGUAUUUUCGUCCGUUGUUCCAACGACGGGCGGCAAAUUUAAUAUUUUCCCCACCAAUUCUUCUUUAAUAAACACGACUUCAAUAGUACCGUGUACUCCAUUACCUGGUGAUAGAGCUGUUACCGAAUAUUCCGUUGUCUAUACUACAACCAUCACCUUCUAUGGGAAUAGUACUGACUAUACUCCUCCCUAUUCGCCCAUCACAACGCCAAAUUACUGCUCUCCUACAGGCGAGGCUCUAAUUACGUUUUACAGCACAACCCACAUAUCCAACUCGACUGCACCGGAGACGGCCGCAACUUUCUCUACGGCUUCUGCAACAAUUGACUUCAGUAUACCGGCCUUGGCUGCUCCUCUUCCAACCAUUACGUUUUCAUUUGACCUUCCGGAGAUCAUUACGCCGGCCCCUGAUGCUACUGGGGGAAAUGGAGGUGGAAUAACUGUCACGAUGAGACCGUUUCUAUCGUUUACUCGGCGAAUAAUUACUUUCAUCACAACCGACAAGAACCCCUCCGUAGUUUUUGCACCGGAACCAACUCCUGAUUUCAGUCCAACGUGGAUCACUGGUGAUAUUGGAGAUGGUAUUCAUAGAACUAGGGAUGUAAUAGAUAAUCCGCCAACUGGUACGCCCAUCUCCAAUCUUCUGCAAAGCGUCAAGCAACCUCCAGCUCCUACUUUUCGAGUCACUGCCGGAGGAGACCAAGUUAUCAUCAACGGAAAGACAGUAUCUGGCCUGAGACCGAGCCAGACUACUACAAUCACAGUCGGAACUGAUGUAUUCACAAUUUUUCCAACUGCAGUUGUUGGUUUGGGUUCAACAGUCACAAAACCUGCACCUCAAGAAGUAUCCACACCUACCCCAGCAGUCACAUCUGGAGUCUUGGGUGGAGUUCCAGUUAUAAUCUCAGGAACAAAGGCUGUUGUUGACGGCAUUACGCUGAGCAUCUCACCAGAAAAGGCAACGACAACUAUCAGUGGCCAAAGGGUCGUUUUUGGGACGGGAAUUAUAGCUGUUGGUCAUGAGACUCUCAUCUUCCAGGACCUAUCACCUCGACCAACUCAUGACAUUGUCACGGGAGGAGAGAUGGUCACAGCUAUAGGUAGUUCCAUCGUUGUUCUACAUUCUACAACUAUCACCUAUGGUGCCAACAUCGCCCCAAAGCAAACAAUUAUUAACGGCGAAACCAUCACAAUCGGCCCAAGGGGUGUAUCUCUUCACAGUACAAUUCUAGGAGGGCCUUCAGCAAACUCUACCAACACCGAGUAUGAGAUUGUCGGAGGAAUCACAGUAGGAAAGCUACUGCCAUCCCUUGUUGUAGUCAACGGGGUAACCUACUCAAUCAAUAUAGACGGUGAUCUGAGUAACGUGGAAACGACAGUCAUCGACAACCAAACUAUCACCAUAGGCCCCAAUGGCUUGAUUCUGUCAUCUCAAACGUUGACUUACCCGGAGAGUUCCGUCACUGCCACUUUGUUGCCUUCCAUGCCUAAUUUCCCUGCCAAAACGGGGAAUCAAGAUGAUCUUGGAGGGGACGACGAAAGCAGCGCGGUUUCAAUACGCCUAGAGCUCAGUGCCUUGUUUAUUUGCUUAGCAAUAAGCGUUUGGGUAACUAUCUGA